AGAGUUACUCGUGACUGUUGGCGCACGCCAUUUCCUCAAGUGUGCGGUCAAGUUUUGAGCAAUAUUCGCCUCGCGCGCCAUCGGCGCCGAAUAUUCAACAUGUUGAAUAAAAUGGUGCACGAGUGAACAUUGGCUCCAAGUGUGCGCGCGUGCUGAGCUAUUAUCUCAAUACGUGAAGAAAAUGCGCAUGCGUUCAGCAACUUUUUUACAUUCAUCCAUUGCAAUAUGGCGGAUGCCAGGGACUCGAGUUCAUCAGACGAGGAAGAAAUUUUGCUGCUGCUUAUGUUAAUGCGCCGAAGACGAAGACGUUCGAGAGCGUCUUGCAGAAAGACAUGGACCAAAUCAUGGAUUUCACGCCGUGAAACACUAGGAGCAUCGGCUACAAUACUGCAUGAGUUGAAUUGUGAGGACCCAGAGAAAUUCCGACAGUAUCAUCGUUUAGAUAGGAUUUCAUUCGAAGUCGAUAAUAGGAUUUUGGUUUAAUGUUGUUUCGUCAGAGUUAGUGAUUGAGUCCUUUUGUGCUGAAAGUGGCAAACUUGAAUCAUCGCUGAAAAUGUUAAAUGCCGAAUAUGAUCCUGGAAUGUUCAGCGGCUCAUUACGUCUCGUUCAUUGUGUAAACAGGAAAAUCGCGUUAUUGACUAAAGAACAUUUAAUUUACAUGAAAAAUAACUUUAUGGAAAAGUUCGAAGAAAAGUACAUGCUGGAGAUGGAAAGACGUGCGAGAGAAGUAACGGUGAAAGGGUGGUCGGAGUCACAAGGAAAACUCUUAAAAGGGCUAGACGAGAAGCUAGAAGAGAUACGUGUGAUGCGAUUAAUGGUACAUCGAUUAUAUAAACGUCAGGCUUUAUUGAAACAAGAGACGGCCAUACCAUCUUUAAUAGAAGGAAAGGAGGAAAAGUGGUCGGAGUUACAAGGGAAAUCCAUAGAAAUGCCAGAUGAGGAGCUAGACAAGAUGGUACAUCGAUUAUGUAAACGUCAGGCUUUAUUGAAACGAGAAGGAAAGGAGGAAAAGUGGUCGGAGUCACAAUGGAAAUCCAUAGAAAGGCUAGAUGAGGAGCUAGACGAGAUGGUACAUCGAUUAUAUAAACGUCAGGCUUUAUUGAAACAAGAGACGGCCAUACCAUCUUUAAUAGAAGGAAAGGAGGAAAAGUGGUCGGAGUUACAAGGGAAAUCCAUAGAAAUGCCAGAUGAGGAGCUAGACAAGAUGGUACAUCGAUUAUGUAAACGUCAGGCUUUAUUGAAACGAGAAGGAAAGGAGGAAAAGUGGUCGGAGUUACAAUGGAAAUCCAUAGAAAGGCUAGAUGAGGAGCUAGACGAGAUGGUACAUCGAUUAUGUAAACGUCAGGCUUUAUUGAAACGAGAAGGAAAGGAGGAAAAGUGGUCGGAGUUACAAGGGAAAUCCAUAGAAAUGCUAGAUGAGGAGCUAGACGAGAUGGUACAUCGAUUAUAUAAACGUCAGGCUUUAUUGAAACAAGAGACCGCCAUACCAUCUUUAAUAGAAGGAAAGGAGGAAAAGUGGUCGGAGUUACAAGGGAAAUCCAUAGAAAUGCUAGAUGAGGAGCUAGACGAGAUAGUACAUCGAUUUUGUGAACGUCAGGCUUUAUUGAAACGAGAAAUAACGGAGGAAGGGUGGUUGGAGUUACAAGGGAAAUCAAUAGAAGUUCUAGAGAAGGAGCUAGACGAGAUGGUACAUCGAUUAUAUAAACGUCAGGCUUUAUUGGAACAAGAGACCGCCAUACCAUCUUUAAUAGAAGGAAAGGAGGAAAAGUGGUCGGAGUUACAAGGGAAAUCUAUAGAAAUGCCAGACGAGGAGCUAGACAAGAUGGUACAUCGAUUAUGUAAACGUCAGGCUUUAUUGAAACGAGAAGGAAAGGAGGAAAAGUGGUCGGAGUUACAAGGGAAAUCCAUAGAAAUGCUAGAUGAGGAGCUAGACGAGAUAGUACAUCGAUUAUGUGAACGUCAGGCUUUAUUGAAACGAGAAAUAACGAAGGAAGGGUGGUUGGAGUUACAAGGGAAAUCAAUAGAAGUUCUAGAGAAGGAGCUAGACGAGAUAGACUUUCGACUAUAUAAAUCUCAGGCUUUAUUGAACCAAGAGACCGCCAUACCAUCUAUAGAAGAAGCAUCGGGAAAAGGGUGGAAGGUAGAGCGGACAAAGCCAUGGGGCGAGCAACAAACAGAUGUACGACAAGAGCUGCGGAUGGAGCGACGGAAAGAUGUACGGCAAGAACUGACGGAGGAGGAACGACAAGAUGUACGACAAGAGCUGCAAGAGGAGAAACGAGAAGAUUUACGGCAUGAGGUACGGGAGGAGGAACAAGAAGAUGUACGAAAACAGGAAACCAUGAGCCCUCACCAUCUGACAACUAGUUCUGAGAACUUAUUUCUUGACGAAACCUCCAGUGAUGAAAGUUCCUAUGACGACAACUGUGAUGAUGACAGUUUUAGUGAAGAAAAUUCUUGUGGAGAAACUUCAAAUGAUGAAAGUUCUAAUGGUGGUUGUUCAAGAGAUGAUACUUUGUUGAAUGUCCAUAAUCUAAAUCUCGAUGAUGACCGUUUAUUUGAAAAGACGUUUCUUGAUAACAAAUUUAGCAUUCGAGAUGAUGUGCGUAAAAAGCUCAGAAGUUUACCUUGGAUGCGUGGGGAGUAUGGAACAGCUAGUGCUAACGAGAAGAUACCAUACUUCCAUUUGUAUGUCUCAGUUGAUUAUGAAAAAGGAAGCUUUGAUGAUGAUUUUCUGAAAAAUCAGAUUAAUAAGAAAUUUGGACCGGAUGCUUCGAAGUAUUUUGAAUUUCGUCCGAAACCGCCCACAACACCGGAAUUUCAGCUGUUAUCAAAGGUGGUGAUUUCCGUAAGAAGAAAAAAUAAGGGAAUUUCGAAAGGUAGAUUAACGAUGUUCUGUUGCCACAACGGGAAACAUUACGCGUUGGCAUGUUGCCAUGUUUGUUACAAUGGAGAUGGUGAUGACCAGCUUUAUAAAAUGCUCCGUGAGGAAGAAAAGAACCCAAAACAAUUUAAAUCGCAUUUGGAAGAAAAUCAAUACUUCGUCAUUGAAAAUGAGGAAACUGAAUUAGGCCAUUUCAGUAAAUAUAGUUUAAAAAACGACGUGGACAUCAUGUCAAUAGAAGUGAAUCCAAAUGUUUCAUUGAAUUUCAGAAAAAAAGGAAUAGAAACACCUUCUUGGAAAUAUGUAUGGAAGGUGCUAAAGGAACGAGUUCAUGCGACGCCUCCUCGAGUAGUUAACGUGAAAAAAUAUGAGAGAAAAGGAAGAGAAGGCCAAAUUUGUGAUAUCGAUUACUCCUAUUUUGAUCCUAAAGAGGACAUUGAUGUGGCUAAUGCUGUUUUGGUGAAAUCCAAGAAGAAUUUUCUUAAAAAUGGCGAGUCUGGUGUGCUUGUGUAUUUUCAUGUUGAAGGUCGCAGAAGAAUUCCUUUUGGAUAUGGUGUUGGUAGAUAUAUUCACAAGAACUUGGAUAAAAACUACAAAUAUUUUAUAUGCUUUAAACUAGAUAGAGCUUUAACAGACUUAUUUGGAGAAGAAAACUGCGAGAGCUGUGGUUGUUUUGAUCAAUGUGCGAAUCCCAUGGAUAGCAGCGGAGAAAUUGCCUCUUCGAAUGCUGACACGUCAUCUAUUGCGUCAAUGAAUUUGGAGCCAUGCAAUGAUCUAACAGGUGAACUAACUGUCGUAAACAAUAGCUAUCAAGAGCAUGCCAAUGUGGUUCUGACCGACCAGUCAUCAAACGAGUGUAAUCUAGAAACAACGUUUUCAGAAUUACCUGAUCAUAUUCGAAGAAAGUUAGAAGAACGUUUAAAAGAUGGCAAUGAGUUAUUAGAGAAUGACUGGAGAAGCCUCUACAAAGCCCUGAACUUGCCAAAAGAUCAAGAAAACAUCAUAGCAGAAAAAUAUCAUGACAAUCCUACACGAUAUGUGAUAAACACAUGGCUUGAAAAAGAUGGGCAACAUGCUUCUCUGAAAGCACUGCUGCUGGCAUUAAAAGAGUGUGGACAUGAAUGUCUACUUCAUGAAAUAGAAAAAGAUUUGCGUGUUCAGCUGUCUGAUCAGUCUAAACAAGGUGCUAUGAAUGGAAUUUAUGACAGGAGUGAAAAGAAGAUGAGUGCUUGAGUUCAAAUGAAAACACUGGAAGAAAAGCAGCGUAAGCGUAGACUUACUUUUUUCAAUGGACAAUCAAGCAAGAUGCUGUACCAGUACAUAAAUUUGACCAUAUAUAUUUAUUGUAGAUCGUUUUAUUAAGUGAUUUUGGAAGUGCGAGUGUUAAUCAGAUGUUGAGUUACCUAACUCAAUUUUUCGUCUUUUUUUAAUCUGAAAAAUACCUGAAUUCUAACAUUUGUUUUCUACAUCACAACCUCUGUCGACCUUCGAGAAGCCUUGCAUACAUACAAACAGAAUAUUUUUCAUUCAUAGUGAACAAGAGAACAAUAUUUCUUCAUAGUGAACAAUAUUAGAAUAUUUUUCAUUCAUAGUGAACAAUUCAUGGACCGGUCAACCCCCCUGGCGGGGAUUAAUACUGGCCGGUAUACAAAUGUUGUUUGUUUGUUGUUUAUAGUGAACAAGAGAACCUGCCUUAUCGUUCCAAACAUAUUAAUUGGUUAAACGUAUUCCAAAGACGA